UUCACACCAAUUUUUCUUCUGCCUGCAUAGGUAUAUUCUGCCCACACCUCAACACCACCAAUUGCAUGAUCGCGGGUGUAUUUCUUCAUCUACCAAGAUUCUACGGCUUGGAUGCGUCUUCUCUUUGAUCGCCACAUCGCAAUUUAAGCUCCACCCUGGUAUCUUGCGCAUAACCUAGUGGGUGCACAGCAAGUCACGCCCCUCCAACCAUGGCCAAUCCAUGGCUUGACGUAGCUGACAGGAACUAUGGUAAUGUACCAGAACUGUGGUAAGUUAUAUAAAUCCAACUUCAUCUAAUCUACAGCUGCCCCGACUUCUCCAUGAGUUGGCAUGGAGGAUCUAUUGCGCGAGAGGCGCGAUGAGUCUACUCUCAAGUCCUAUUACUGGCCAACCAGGCGUGUUCGCCUUCAAUUUUUCUCUGGCAACGUUGAUAACAUAGACUAAUAACAUCUUAGUGAAAAAUUGGGCUAUCCAGCUGGACCCGUGGCUGGGCGAAAGGGAUCAGUAUUUAAGAAUAGCGCUGCUACGUACCGUAAGAGCGUACCUGAGCUUGACCCGACCCGCCCAAGAUGCCCCCUUGAUGCCAAUGACCCUGUUGCCAUUGAGUAUGCAAGAGGUUGGAUUGAAGAAAACAAGGCUCUUUUUGCACGCUCUGAGGCAGCAGAACUUCAUGGUUGGCCCAUCUGGCCUAAUGACGAGGAGCAGUAAGGCAUCGCCAGCAUCUCUCAUUUUGAUAUACGGCUAAUGAGAAAUCCCAGCAUUGUAAAGCAUGUCGCAUGGUUAAUGUGUACUCAAGAACGCUUUUGGCGUGCCAACCAAAAUUAUUUCGCAAAGCAGAAGUCGUAAGUUGUUGUUCGACUUUCUCUAGAGGUUUACAAACUUACAUGGCCAGGUUUAACGGACAAGAUGCUGAUACUAGCAUUUCCCACUCCCCCAGAAAUCCAAGGCCAGCAUCACCAAACACCGCCGGCAUCGCGGCAGAUCAAGAGCGCGAAAUUGUGUCAGCCAACAUCAAUGUUCAUCUCCGCUUCGCAUAUCCUCUUGAUGGUAUUCCUGUCAUGUCGACGAAUUGGCUGUUUCAACCUCUGGUCAUGUCACAAAAGAUGAUUGAUACAGAAGAGGUAGACCCGUUUGUUGUUCGGUAUUUCCAUGAGCACAAUCUCUAUCAUACCCGUGAUAAUGCCAAAGUCGAGCGAUUUGUUCAGGAUACUAUUAGACACUAUGUCUUGAGACGUGAGAACAUGGAAUGGGACUAUCGAGUCCGCACUCGUUGUGAGCAAGUCAUCAAGGAGUUUGCCAAAAUUUGGAAGCCAUAUGCAAAAUCGGGCUAUGGAUUUCUUGAGGAUGGCCCUCGUGGGGCUCAGAAGACACUCGAAUUUGAAAAGAAGUGGUCUGAUUGUCGAAAGGUAUGUAUACAACAUCCUUGGGUCUAUGGCACAAUACGGGACACGUCUUAUCGAGUCUCACUGCAAUUCACCAUCAUUGUGUGCUAAUUUCCAACUUCUAUAGCGCUGGCUUGAUACGAUCCACCAAGGUGUGAGUGGCCAUGUCAUCGAAUGGAACAAUAAUCCCCGGCUUGUUCAUGCGGGUGAUGCCAGCAACAUUAACGGUGUUCGUAAGAGAGAACCUCAGAGCGCCAAUAAAUCUGCAAGAUCCACCCCAAAUAAUCGACCGCAAGGAAAACGCGCACGACUUGAUCAAUCCAACUCCUCUGUUGUCAAGCGAAAGGCGGCAUCAGCAAAUUCAAUUGGCAAAUCAAGCAUGGCAGAUACGAUCACCAUCGAUGAUACUGAUAGUGAAGAGGAUAGGUCAAACGGUGUUUUCCAACGUUCAUGCAAUACGAUUCCGCCUGAUCCGUAUCUAAUCGCUCUUGACGAGUACGACCGCUAUACAGGCGCCCAAUCUGGAGGAGAGAGGAAAGCAAUCCGGACAUCAAGCAAUUCUAGAGCAUCUCUUCCUGUAAACUCCUCGGUGGGUUUCUCUGGUGGUCGUGAUUCUUCCUCACCACAAGUGGCCCGUCCUUCCCGCCGCUCAAUUGGUGGACACAUGACUAUGAUGGCACCUCAGCCAAAGCCUGCUAGAGUUGCCGAAUAUAUAUACCCACCACAAGAUGAAGAACACCUCCCUGUAAGCCGGGCUCCUUCUCUACCUGACAACCUUCACAGCGAACUGAAUAGUAAGAAGAGCCUUGCCGAACUUAUUGCAUCGCAAAACCUCCCCAUCGAAUUCACACCACUGGAAUCAAAGAUGAACACGAUGAACGGACCCUCUCUUUACUCAUCCUUCAAUGGAACCUCUAGUCUACCAACCUCCAACGGCCGAAAUGCCUCCCUCAAAUUCGCUAUCCAAGACGAGACAGGUGUCCCCGACGACGAGCCCUCGAGUCUAGUCUCCAAGAAGCAGAUCUAUGAUAUGUCUCUCGCUGAUUUGUUCAUUAUGGUCGCGAAUAAAUCAGGCAUGUCGGAGCAACAUUUGACUUUACUUACCCUGCGUUGUCAAUGGGAGCAAGCUAGUUUUGUGGUCUCCAAGUUGGCAGGCGAGGAACCUUGGAAGAGACAGAAGAAGAAGUUGAAUUCGCUGUUUGUGGGUGCGCAGGGGGAGUUCCCGGAGGAGGACGAGUUCGAGGUCUGGGUGCUUUGUGGAGAUCGGGUUAGUAAGAAGAAGAGUCUGAAGGCGGAGGAUGUGGAGAUGGGGAUGUGA